AUGGUUUGCUGCCUGUUGUACCAGGGCGACGUGGUUCCUGAAGAUGUCGAUGUUGCCAUUGCCACCAUCAAGACCAAGCAUACCAUCCAGUUUGUGGACUGGUGUCCCACUAGCUUCAAAGUGGGCAUUAAUUACCAGCCUCCCACUGUGGUACCUGGUGGAGACCUGGCCAAAGUACAGCGAGCUGGGUGCAUGCUGAGCAACACCACAGCCACUGCAAAGGCCUGGGCUCGCCUGGCCCACAAGUUUGACCCGAUAUAUGCCAAGUGUGCCUUUGUUCACGGGUAUGUGGGUGAGGGCAUGGAGGAAGGAGAGUUUUCUGAGGCCCGUGAAGAUAUGGCUGCCCUUAAGAAGGAUUAUGAGGAGGCUGGAGUGGAUAGUGCAGAGGGAGAGGAUGAGGAUAAAGAGUAUUAA